AUGGCUGACCACGCUGCUCCCCUCCGUCUGGGCUCCGUUGCCCCCAAUUUCAAGGCUCUCACCACCCAAGGCGAGAUCGACUUCCACGAGUUUAUUGGUGACAAGUGGGCCAUUCUCUUCUCACACCCUGCGGAUUUUACACCAGUUUGCACCACUGAGCUCGGCGCCUUCUCCAAGCUCGAGCCCGAGUUCACCCAGCGUGGUGUCAAGUUGAUUGGAUUGAGUGCCAAUGCACUCGAUUCCCACGAGGAGUGGAUCAAGGACAUCAACGAAGUCAACUCAACCCAACUCAAAUUCCCAAUCAUCGCCGAUGCCGACCGCAAAAUUGCUUUCCUCUACGAUAUGAUCGACCAGCAAGAUUUGGAGAAUGUGGAUAGCAAGGGCAUCGCCUUCACUAUUCGCUCCGUCUUCAUCAUUGACCCCUCCAAGAAGAUCCGCCUGAUCAUGGCCUACCCCGCGUCCACUGGCCGUAACACAGCAGAGGUUCUCCGGGUUGUCGACUCUCUCCAGACUGGUGAUAAGAGAGGUGUAACCACCCCCAUCAAUUGGCAGGCGGGCGACGACGUUAUUGUGCCACCGACUGUUAGCACCGAGGAUGCUAAGAAGAAGUUUGGCGAGAUUCGUGAAGUGAAGCCUUACCUUCGCUUCACCACUCUUAAGGAGUAA